UUCAUAAAGUUUGCCACACAAAUUAAUCGUGCCUUUUUCCACAAGUAGCAGGUUUCGUUCUACAAAUCACAGGUGUUGGUGUGUUGUCGCUGCUGGAGCUUGUUUCAUCAUCCGCACUCGGACUGACGAAUUCUAUAAACAUUCAUCGUAGGAAACCAACAAACUCAACUUCCGUUUGACCAUCUAUCCGUGCUUUCAUUAGAAGUCAUGACGAAAGAGGAAACAGAAAAUGCGGACGCGUUUUGGUUCUUUGGUUAUGGAUCAUUAAUUUGGAGUCCACCACCGUAUUACGACAAGAGUAUUCCAUGUUUUAUUCGCGGAUAUGUGCGGCGCUUUUGGAUGAAAAGUGAAGAUCACAGAGGAACACCGGAGAAACCUGGUCGUGUUUUAACGCUUAUUCCUAAAGACGAAUGGAAGCAAUUUUCAGACUGGGCCCAUACGCCAGACGAGGAAACGUGUUGGGGUAUGGCAUACAGAAUCCCGGCAGUCCAUGCAAAGUACGUACGCGAGUACCUUGAUGAACGUGAAAUCAACGGUUACACUCCACACUUCAUGCCGGUAUAUACACAUAUCACGAAUGAGAAACCCACUGUAGAUCAGUGUCUCGUGUAUGUGGGUACGAGUCGUAGUCCACAGUUCUGUCCCUCAGAAUCUGUAGACAAACUCAUAUCAGUGAUGCUCAGUAGCAGAGGAAAAAGUGGUCCCAACAUCGAUUAUUUGCUCAAGCUUGCUGAAUCUCUCACUCAUUUGUCGCCUGAGAUGAAGGAUACACAUGUGAUAACGCUCUACAACCGUGCGUGCCAAAUUCUGAAAUGUCAAGAACAAAAGGAGCAACUGGAUUCAGAAAACCGUGCAGAAAUAGACAAACCACUUGAACAGCAAAGUGUUGAACAAUCUUAGAUCGCUCUUUUUUCAUCCCGUUCCAAUGACCUCCUUUCCUUAAAUUGAGUUGUCAUCCCGUUUCCUUUGCAUUUCAUAGCUUAAUGAUUCUUUUCAGCCAAAUAGUAUUCUAUGUAUUGACAAAGAUUAGACAUAUCCUGAAAUUUCAAGGAAGCACACGCGUCCUGCCAUUUCCAGAUGAACUUUUCGGUGCCUUGCAUAACUGGUGUCUGUUCAAUACAAG